AUGCGAGAAAUUCUCUAUUUUAUUGUACUGGAUCUCACAAUUUUCCCCGAACGAUGCCCGAAUGGGCUGAGUCUACUUAAAGCCACUGCAGUCGGACCAAUGCUAAAUGGCUUCCAACCACUCAAACAGAAAGAAGAAGAAGAAGAAGAAGAAGAAGAAGAAGUAAGAAAAUGCCAUGGGAAGCAAGAAGAGAGUUUUCAAAGUGGUCAAUUUCUUACAGUCCAUGAACCGCGGCAAGACUUUAAAAGUGUGAUAAGCAAACGGUACGAUUGUUACUCGGAGGAUCGAUGGGAUUGUCAAUCGGAGGAUCGAUGGAUGAACCGCCUCGCCGCAUAUUCAGCAAAAUCUGCUACAUCUAUCGCAUCAUCACAUGUUGCUCCUAAAUAUACUAUUUCAACUUAUUUGUAG